AUGGGAACUGAAGCCCGUGUUACAACACACAAAUUCUCAGUGCCGAUGACUCGAGGCCUCAGCCAACUGACGCUGGCGAUUUUGAAGCCAGAUGUUCAGCGAUUUACCGUUUAUCAGCAGUAUGUCGAAAGCAAAAUGCGCGAAUCGGAUCUUACCGUUGUGUGUCACGGCGUGUUUCGUUUAUCCAAAUGCCAAGCACAGUCGUUUUAUGAAGAACAUAAAGGCAGGUUUUACUAUGACAGACUAGUGAAUCAUAUGAUCACUGGGUCGCUCGGAGUGUAUGUUCUUCGGGGGCCUGAUGCCAUCUCACGUUGGCGCUCACUACUUGGGCUUACAAAAGUUUAUAAAGCAGUUGUACUUGACCCGGAUAGCUUACGUGGCAUGCUAGGACUGACAGACACUAGGAAUGGCUUUCAUGGCUCAGAUUCGCCUGUUACAGCGCUUCGUGAGAUACGUUUCUUUUUUCCUACCUUCAAUCUCGAGAUUUCGGUCAUUUCCGUUGGCUGAUGAUACGCUUCUCCUGGUUCUGUCAUCUACUCCAUCAAUUGUUAUAUUCUUUGCUUCACUGAAACGGUGUAUAGUGCUUAUUCACGUUCUUUCAUUCCGCGCUGCUAUAGCAAAUAUACCUCCUGCGUCUUUGUCUCCCCGUCAUUUGUAACCUCUAUGCAUAGAUUCGCGCUUGUCCUGACAAACGUUUUCUCACGUGUGAAGUAUGGAUAUCUAUUUCCCAAUUUAUCGUAGUCUGUCAUCCGCGUCGGUUUCAUGUAUCUAAUGU